AUGUCAAACAUAAAUGUCAAUGGAAGUCCUGUUACAUCAACUUCUGAUUCUGACCAUAAUGUUCGAGACUGCUCGGAUCUAGACAGAGAACAUUACAGAAGUGGGGUUUACACAAUCUACCCAGCAGGUGGCGCUGGAUUUAAGGUGUUCUGUGAUAUGGAGACGGACCAGGGCAGAUGGACGGUAUUUCAGCGAAGACAAGACGGUAAAGUAGACUUCUACCGGGGAUGGGAAGAAUAUGCAAACGGAUUUGGUAAUCUAAAAACGGAAUUUUGGUUAGGUAAUGACAAGCUAUAUAAACUAACAUCACGAGGACAAUAUGAGCUCAGAGUCAAUCUAGAGGAUUUUGAUGGCAAUAAAGCCUAUGCAAAAUAUUCUUCCUUCUACAUCGGGGACAGAUCAACCAAGUACAGACUUACAGUGAACGGUUAUAGUGGAACGGCAGGUGAUUCUUUAAAGAGGCAUAACAAACAGGCUUUCUCGACAAAAGACAAGGAUAAUGACAGCUAUAGCAGUGAUUGUGCUGACCGGUAUAAAGGAGCUUGGUGGUAUAAAGACUGUCUUAACGCUAAUCUUAACGGACUUUAUCUAGGAAAUAAAAAGGAUUAUACAGGAAUGAGUUGGAGUCAUUGGAAAGGAUCUCAGUCAAUGAAGACUACAUUAAUGAUGAUUCGUAGAGUAUGA